GAUAAACUACAGCGAUGUGCAUAAUCAAAUAUCACAGGAACGAUGUAUUUCAUCGGUAAAGAUUUUACUGCACUGGGAAUUUAUAAUAUUGGUGUCGAUAGACCGGGAAUAAGUGUUGCAGUAUUCCCAAGUGGGCUGCGGCACUUUUGAGAACGCUCAGAUUGGUUGCGCCCUUUUCAAAUGGCACUCAACUUUUAAGUAACUAUUUUACCAACAACGCAAGGCUGUGUUGCUGAUUUUGUAGUAUGGAGCUGCAGAAACUGUGCAUAAUUGUGAUAGCUAUGAAAAUAGUAUGAGACAUAAUACCAUCACGUCAUGCACAGAGAAUCCAGAGGAGCCCUCCAUUCUCACAACAGUAAACAUCAAGAUGAAGAAAUACUAUCAGUUAGUUUUGGUGAUUGUGUCUGUGGUAAGUUUUAUAACACUUCUCUUCUACCGCCACGAGUACAACAGGCUGCGUUAUGUUAUGGAAGUGCUGAGCUUUUUUGGAAAACCAGGACAAGUGGCUGAGUGCCUUCCUCCAAACAUCUCUCAAAAUUUAAAGAAAUCUGUCAGUUUCAUUGAUCCACUGCCAUCUUGGCAACGACUGACUGACACACAUUUUGUUUAUUCAGCCUUCUGGGAAAAGAAUGAUAUCCACAGUCAUGUGAAAGUUUUCUCUGUUGAAGCAGGGAAAACUAUUCCACAGUACAGCUGUGAAGUUUGGUUUGAAGACAAUAACACCCCAGUAACUGGAAGAUUCAGUUACACAAUAAUUCAGUCAAAAGAGAGUGCACUUACCCAUGAACAAACUGUGAUUGCAGAUAAUGUUAUAGCUUAUAACUUGUACUGCAAACCAAAGCAAAUUCCCGGUAUUCCGUUUGGUGUUACAUUUUUCAAGACUGACAGUUUGUUGCCGUCCCACGUUUUCAUUCCUGUUGGUUAUCCUGUUGACAGACAAAUAUUAGAAAACAGCACAGCAGUUUGCGUUGUACCCGGAUUUAAACCAGUACUGCAAAAAUCUGCAAUCAUUGAAUUUCUUAGCUACCAUCAUCUUAUUGGAGUAAAUGAAUUUAUAGUAUACGACAAAGGCUUGCCAAACCGAAUUGCUCAAGUGCUGCUGGAUCCAGCAAUUAAAGAAAAUUUUGGUAUUGCAUUGUCUUUGCUUCCCUGGAAUUUCCCAUUUCCACAUUUGGAAGCAGAGCCAGUUAUGAGACUUGUUGUCGAGAGGGACUGCAUACAAAGAACUGCUGGAAAAGUUCGAAAUGUGGCUGUUUUAGGUUGGGGUGAGUAUGUAGUGCCUAGGUAUCACCACACUCUUGCAGGUAUGUUAGAUGAUUUUGACACAAAGAAAAAAACAACCACCAGUUUUGAAAUACCAACAAUAGUUUUUUGUACUGAUCUCUUAGAACAUGACACAGACGAAUCUUUACCACUGGUUCUUCGAAAGACGAGGUAUUACAAAGGAGAUGACAUGGAUCCCCCUCUGCAUCUGUAUCGUCCUCAGACGGCAGUGUCCAGGUUUACUGUACCCAGUACACAACGUGUUUCACAAGGAAUAGCUGCUGUACAUCGCUACAUAGAAUGCAUGCUUGGUACUGGUGAACAGCCAGUUGAAACUCUUCCGUACGAGAGAGCUAUUCUUAGAUUUGCAGGGGAUUUGAAACGAUCUAAAUUGUUAAGAGCCUGGUCUUCAGGUAGACUGUUCUAAUUUUUAAUUUUAUUUGUAUGUGCUCAUUCACAUGACUGACAGGGAUGGUGUUCACAUUCCAGCUGGGCUUUAGAAGCAUGCCUUCAGGUAAUGUGCUUCCAAUAAAGACUUAUGAUUUUAUUAAUUGGGAAAAUAAUGCACUUGAUGUGGUAAGAGAUAUAAAACUAUAUCUUACACUAUAACUUAGUCUGCUGUUGGAGUAAUUUUAAACAGUAGCAGGCCCAGAGAUAGAAUUGCAGAUAGCUGUGUUUUGUGACCCUUAAUUUUAUGCAGUGAUGCUUUUGUAUUGUUUUAUUGUAAUAAAAUUAUGAUUGUUAAUUGGAAAGUGUGUUGUACAUAGAACUUUGGAAAUGUAUAUUUUGAAUAUGUGUAAUAGAGGGCUAUUUGACCAGCUCCUCAGCUAGCUUGAAUCAUGUAGUUUUCUAACUUCCCUUUAUUGUAGUCUUUUUUUAUACCUUUUUAUCUAGUCGAAGUAAUUCUGAAAUUUUUGAUCUCUCUGAGCUUCUCUGAUAAAUCAGGUUGUGUAGUAGUACAGUAUUGUAGCUGACAAAUAAGAUGUUACAGUUGUUCGUAUAAAAUUUCCCAUAAAUUGUUAAAAUACCAAGUAUGACAUACAGAGCCUGAGUUGCAGUAUGGUGGCAUAGUUUUAUUUGUCAAUGAUCUGUUGUGGCAUAAUCACAUUUAACAAUAUUAAAGCAUAUUGGUUUGUAACAUAAACAUACUUGCACAAUUGAGACUACUUGUAGCACACAGCUGUGUAAGAUUUAUAUGCCGUCACUGCAGCAGCUUAAACUGAGCAUUCAUUAUGUAUGUACAUUUGUAUAAAAUACUGUACAAUAAAUAUUUGUGAAGAGAUGUUUGAUUUUUAUAAUCUACAAGGCCUGGAUAGCUGCCAAAAGAAGGAAAGGAGGUUCCUGGCAUGUGCAUUUUAAAAAGAUGCAUGUGAAUUAAAGAAAAGAAGUGUUUUUGUUUUCUUUUAGUUGCUGCAACACGACUGAAGGUUACAGAUUUCUAACUUUGUGCUUUACUGUGAGUAAAUGGUGAUACCUUCGCAGUGAUUAGAACUGUGGGACAGUGAUUGGGUCCAAUUACUCAAGGAUGAACUAAGUGAUCAUAGGGGCUUCCAGUUAGUUUUGUAUUAGCAAAUAUUUUACUGAUAUAUGUAUAUAUAAAACUGCUGAGUUAUUACAGGUUUGGUGGGCAUUUUGUACACAGUAGUGACAAAUAGUUUGAUGAGCUUGUAUGUGGAGAACACAGGCUUAGAUUGUCAUCUCUGCAAAUGAAAUGGUUGCAAAUUUUAUGUAAAUAGUUAAUAACAGUGCCAUGAAUUCUUUUUUUGUGGUGUUAGGAAUUUUCCUGGUUUCUGAGCUCUUAAUUUUGAAGAGUAUAUGGAGUCAUUAACAUUUGUUAAACAUUGUGGCCUCUGUAUGUGAACCUCAGCAAUUGUACUUGACAGACGAUCCUCUGCUAUGCUGUCCUUCACUUUCUGUAGUAUUGUACCUAAUUUUAAGGCACAUUCAUAGUAAUAUCCCUCCCAUUUUAAGGUAACAGACGAUCUUCCUCUGAACAUCAUCCAGAUGAUCCUUUCACAGAAUGACAAGUUUCAUUUUUCUUUCACUUCUUUUUCAUCUUAUGUUUGUUGGAGAAAAUGUCAGUCCCCGUGAUUAUUUUCUACUCAUUUCUCAUACACAGCCAAAAUGAUUAUACUCUCAAGUUGAACUGCCUCCUGUUUUGCUAUUGCCUUACUAACGUUGCCCAUAUGUUACCACUCAGCUUGCGGUGCAGAACAAACCUGUCACAUGAGCAAGCACUGUGCUUUACACAAAGGCACAUUUUCACAUGGUUUGAGAUACGUAUUAGCCAGUUGUUAAUAAAUCAAAAUGUGGACAGUGAUAUUUCAUAUAAUUUCAAACAAAAUUUCAUUUAACGAGCAUGCAUUUCUUGUAUUAUGUGCUGUAUUAUUUCGACAAAGGCUGCAGUAGGUGUAUUAAGAGACGAAUUAUUGCGUCCGUCUAUCAUUAGGAGGAAUUUGUAUGUUUUCUGUUGUUUGAACAGAUAAGAUUCUGCGAGCUAUUUGUUGACAAGCAUAACAUUUUCUGUUAAUCGCCUAGUGUGUGCGUAUACGGUCUGCCUGAUACCUUCCUUGCUGACAGUAAAUUCUUCCAACCAGCGUAUCUUCUCAUUUACAUGUAACACUCAAUGAUACCUUUGUCUGUAAUACCAUAGAAAACUGUGAAGUUAGGAUAUUAUUUCAUUUUAGUAGUUAAUUGGACCUAAUCAGGCAUUUGCUGAAAAUCCUUCCCAACAUGUUCAUCAUCUGGAUAGGUAAUGUACAAGGAAUACUUCUCCAAAAUAAAUGCUAUGAAUUAUUUAAACCCUGGCAUUCUAAGACAACUAAUAUUUAAAGAAGUUAAUGUCCAAAAUACAUGGUACUUGAUCGUGUAUAUAUUUCAUCUAGUUCCAUUAAAUUUGAUCUGUUUUUGUUUUUUUAGUCAAUACUCUUAUUUUUAAGAGAAGCUUAUAAGUUUAUACUGUCACAAUCUUGUGGUUGACACACAACUUUAGUUAGCCUCAUAUGAAAGAUCUCCUUCGGGCCUCAUAAUUCUGGUGCGGAAAAAAUCACAUGUAGAAAAUUUUUUAUGUAAAUCAGAAACCAGUAACUGCUACCACAAAUAAUAUUCUCUGAGAAGAUACCUUCAUUCUAUUUGGUUGCAGGCUCCUUGACAGUCUUUCCUGGGCCAACUGGUCCUCCUGUCUCUGCUCAGCUACGUUCUAGAUAAGAGAUCCCAUCUCUAUAUUCCAAAUCUUCUCCAUGUUCAAUUUUCUCACAAGUAAACCUUAUUUUGAUGGGUUAGAGAUGCUGCCAAUGAAACUUCAUGCAGGGUUUGUUGCCACACACUCAACUACAUCAAGACCUCAUAGUUAUUUCUAUGGAGCUUUUGAAGUUUUAACCCAUUCAGUUUCUUUGACUUUAUGAGCAUCGGAAUCCAUUAGGACACUCCUUGCCCUAAGUUGUCCCAUAUUCAGAGUAUCUACCUGGCAGGAUGCUCAGACACUGGGUUAUUUGCCAAAAUCCAUUAUUUAAGAUGCUGACAAGCUAUUUUAAUAAUGUAAUUUUUAUUUGUUGCAAGGUUUGAAAGUUCAUUCAUAUAUAUCGUAGUUAAAGGACUAAAACUAUCUUGAUGUUCUGCAAAAAUUAUUUAUUUAAUUAUGAAUCACAGCAUAUUAUAGAAUGUUUAUUCACUGUAUCAAAAGGAAAUUUCUCUUGAGAAUAACCACAAUCCUCCAUUUUGUCUCUUGUUUUUACAAUUUUCCAUUUUCACAUAAUAUAGCAGGUGCCCUAUUCAUAAGGGGCCCUGGGAAAAGUGUUAUAAAAAUCUUAAUAGAAACAGGAAAAAAACAAGAAAUGAAGGUACAUUACAAGGGGUGCUACAAGUUAUCGCCAUCACCCCCCCCCCCCCCCCACACACACCCACACCCACACACACACACACACACACACACACACACACACACACACACACACAAUUUCACAGGUACUGUUGGGUCAACAAAUUAGGUGCGAAAAUCCUCUGUGAAAUCACACACACACAUUUCAGAUACUGCUGGGUCAACAAAUUAGGUGCGAAAAUCCUCUGUGAAAUCCAAUAUUCUGGUAACAACAGUCACAAACAUUCAACUUGAACUGUGUACACAUGUGCAUGUAGGUCACUUCCAGGACCUCUUGUAAUGUACCUUCUCUUCUCAUUCAUAAAGGUAUGUUGUGUGCAAGUUUGGUUACAUAUACUCUUUUAUCAAGUUUUUUUUGACACUUUCCCUAUUGCCCCUUAAGAGCGGGACCCCUGUAUAUGCCGAAAUAUUUGUAUUUUCAGAAUGAUCAAUUCGUGUUCAAAUUUUGUACACUGAAAAGCUACAUGGCUACCCAUUCUUAAAAGAGCAGAGAAUGUGGGAAAUAUUGCAGAGCUAGGAAAAGCUGCCAUUUUAAGGAUGCCAUUGUGGUGCUCACACUUCCUUUCUGUAACCAUUAUGAUUAAAAUGUAGAACUGUUCAUAAAUAUGUACCUCUGAUUCUGCCAUAUGUCGUUAGUGAUAAUUGUGUGUAUCUCAUUUUCAUGGCUGUAAUUAUUGCAUUGUUUUCUCACUCUUGAAAGCAAAAAUAGUUCAGAGUUUACCAUAUAUACUCUUUACGUUAAGGAACAGGUUUGCUCUUUGGAAAAUCAUGAAAUACAGUAGUUGAGAGUUGAUGGUCCAUAUUUUCUGCUGAGAUGGGUGAGAGUGGCAUCUGACAGUGUUAAGAUCAUGUACAAAAAAGGAAAUGCACAAUAAGUGUUGUUUUUCAGCAGCACUGUAAGACAAGUGAGGAGCAUGCACUGACAAAUGCCAAUUUUGGUGAACGACUGAAACAAUAAAAAUAUGCUUGGAAAGUAAUAAAGUUGUUCAUUAAAGUCUGAGAUGUUCAGAUAAUUUGACACUGUGAAGGGCCACUCUCUAUGUAUCUGUAUUUUUCAGGUUUUCAGAGAAUAAAUAUAGCUGCAGUUUAUUUGUGCUACUAUUCUGUACGAUACGUGAUCUCGAGGAGCAAAAGUGUACGUUGAGUAUUGGUGACAGUGAAGAAGUCAUCUUUGGGGGGAAGAGGAAAAGGAGAUGUGCAGAAUUGAAUGGAAGAACUGUAACUUAUUGAUCGUGAGUUUAUUAUGUAUAGGGAGUAGAAAGGGUAUGCAGAAGCAAGGCAAAUAACACUGCUACACAUGUUGGGAAGAACUGCACCUUGCCAGCAUAGCAGCUGUGUGGCCUUGUUAUUGAAAGGAAAGGAUACGAUAAUAUUGAAAUUGAGUCGAUAUCCCUUUAUACUCAGAGUUGUCACUAUCAGCCUUCUAUGUUCACUGUGAAUUUUGGAUUUUUGGGUAUUAAGUAAAUAGAACUGCUCAUAAGUGCCUACAUAGUUGCUGAUGGAAAUCUUUUCAUAUUGAUCUACAGUGGGACUAUUGUUUUAGUUUGGUGAAGAUUAAGUAACAAAUUUAGUGUAACAUAGUGUCAAAUAUUAACAUUCUUUUGCUGUGGGAUGGUACUAAUGUUACAAAUGUACUGAAGCUGUCAUCGUAAAUAUCAUUUUAAUGAAGGAAAACUAUAAUUAUAGCCAAUAAGAAAUGUACUAGCAGAAAACUGCUCCCGUCCCAGUUCAGAGACCUUCUAGAUGUUGGGCAACCAUAAUCAUAUGAAUGCCUUAUUUUCUAUAAAUGUAAUAUUACUGACAGAGAAUUUUUGGACAAUCAACAUGUUUACUGUGUAGAAUUUGGCUAACCAGGCCUUGGAUCAUGACUGCACGGCUCUAUGCACAUUUGUAGCUGAAGUAAAGUUGCAGUAGAACCUUUCUACAAUUUUUGAUACUGAAAUGCUUUGUUAGUAAUUGUCUUGUACAUGCAUAAAGACAGAAAAAACUCAUUCUUGUCAUAUUUUUUGCAUUUUAUGUAUUUUGUUGUUGUGUAAUGUACAGUUUUGCUAUUAAAGUUAUUAAAAAUACAUCACAUAUUCAAACUA